AUGUCGUUAUCUAUUAAUUUUAUUUCUUGGAAUUGUCGUGGAGGUUUAUCUUAUCCUAGGAAGCAGAGAACAAUUCGUUCGUUGAUUUCAAAGCAUUGUCUUUCAGUAAUUGGUCUUAUCGAGACUAAAAGAGAAUUGCUUGACGAUUUUCUGAUUUCUCGUCUUUGGCCGAAUUGCAAUUAUGGUUACUGUUUUUCUCCUUCUGUGGGAGCAUCUGGGGGUCUCUUAUGUAUUUGGGACAAGACUAUAUUUACGCCUUCUAGAAUUGUUACUUUUCCUCGUUGGAUUAGCAUUGAUUUUGAGAUUUCUUCGACUCCGAUCCGCUUCAUUUUAGUUUAUGGCUGUUCUAUGGCGAUUGAGAGAGUUGCGUUAUGGCCAAAUAUUUUAUCAGAACUGCAAUCUGAUAGGCUUUGUUUUCUUGUAGGGGAUUUCAAUGAGAUCUUGCAUCCGUCUGAUCGUUUGAACUGUAGUGGAUACUCUUCGGGUAUGAUGCAGUUUUUAGACUUUAUUCAGUCCUCUAGUUUGGUGGAAAUCAACAACCAGGGCCGUUUAUUUACUUGGUAUAAUAAUCAAUCUCGUUCGAAGAUUGAUCGUUGCUUCCUUUCUCCGAGUGGCUUUAUUACUUGGCCAAACAUGACUCUUGACGCUCUCCCUAGGAAUUUCUCGGAUCAUACUCCGCUCCUUUUUAGAUCAGACACAGUUGUUGAUUGGGGUCCAAAACCUUUUAAAUCUAUCAAUGCUUGGUGGAUGUAA